GCGGCGCAGUCACAGAGGUGCUUACGGUGCCCAACGUUGCUGCACACAGUAACCUAUUCUCCAUCGUGCAGCCUUUCACUUGGCGCUGGCCACAGUUAAUAUUGAGCCACUCGCGUUCCAUGCUCUUUCGACUAUACCACCUUCACGUCUUUCUCGCGUUUUCUUGUCUGCUCGUCUCGCCUGGGAGCGCCAGCGUACACCUAGGAAUGAGCGGCGCAGAAAGCGCAGGGCCCAGUAAUAGGCCACCCAAUAAUGUGACAUCGGGAAGGGAGAAUCCAAGCGGUCACGUUCCGCUCGACGUUGAAGGAUACCCGGUAGCACCCCCCGGGCUUGAGCUUGAACAGGUGCACAUUUACAUCAGACAUGGUGAGCGUACACCGGUCGCUGUCCGAAUGGCCGACCCACCCGCGUCCAUGCCUGAACAUUGGAUGUUCUGCCACCAUGCGCAUACCUUCCGCACUGCCAUGACGAACGGGAGGCCGAUUGUCCCUGGAGUAUCCGGGGAGGAUGAGUCCCUUCGAACGCUUCGAGUGGUCGAGCGAGCGGAUGGCACCGCCAGUCCGGGAGAAUGCUUGCUGGGAGAACUGACCGAUAUUGGCAGACAGUCAACGUACGACUUUGGCCAAGCGUUGCGCCAGCUUUACAUUGACAGAUUAGGCUUCAUCUCUGACGUCGCACGUUCCAACGACGAAGUGUACUUGCGCUCCACGAACGUGCCCAGGACGAUUGAGUCUCUCGAGCAGAUUGCACGUGGGCUGUACCCCGAAGAGAAAACGGGGAAGGAGUUCUCACCGUUUCUCAGAAUAAGGAAUAGCAAAGAGGAGAAUCUGUUCGGCAACGCCCUGGCCUGCAAGCGGCUGGAAGUCCUCCAGAUCGGCUUCGCAAAGGCUGCCGCUGUUGAAUGGAAUGAGUCGUUAUCUAUUCUUGACGAGAAGGUAUCAAAGUAUAUCGGCGGAAAUCCUAUUCGGUUGGAUGGGAAGCCGCGGGCUUCAGGAAUCCUUGACACGAUCAACUCUGCGAAUGCCCAUGGGGUUAAUAUACCUCCAGAGUUCAAGGACGUCGAAGUAAUAGGGCUGAUUGAGAAAGCCGUCGUGCAUGAAUGGUUCGCAGGGUACCAGACAGAGGAAGUUCGAAGAUUGGGAAUGGGCCCUCUGCUCAGUGACCUCUCCCAGAAGAUGCAAAACAAGGCGGACAAGGGUCCCAAGGAUCCGGUCAAGCUUCUCAUCCACAGCACACACGAUACUAGUCUUGCAGCGUUAUGCAAUACGCUUGACGUAUUUGAUCAGCAUUGGCCGGGCUUCUCAUCGGCGGUAAGCUUUGAGUUGUUCCGGAGAAAGGGGAAACAGCAGGAGCCAGCAUCAAUAUGGCAAACCGUCCUUGCGCCGUUCCAGUGCCGAUCAGAUAUUCCCUCGGAACAUUACGUACGGAUGCGAUACCAAAACCGAGAUUUGACGCUGCCAAUAUGUGCGCACAAGGGCAAACAUCUCCCAGGCGCGCCGGAGUUCUGUACGCUAGGAGCGUUUCGUGAACGCGUGAGGGAGCUUACACCGGUCAACUGGGAGGAGGAGUGCGCGCCGACGGGCCAGUCGAGCAGACCCUGAUGAGAUGCAGCGAUGAAUGGAGCACACGACCUGUGGGAUUUGACUACAUAUUAUAUCAGGUAGAGCGAUACUAUAAGAUAGGCUUCUCGUUGAGCUUUCGGAUAGUAUCUUAUUAUGCUGGACAGUGCAAGGGAUGCACGAGCUUUGUCCCGCCGGCAUCACACGGUUGCGGUAAUGCAAUCACGCUG